GUAGACUUUCUCCUAAAAGGCUAAGCCCACAAAAACAAACCAGUGAGAGAGAGCGGAGGAGAUAACAGUGAGAUUACAGUCAGUUAGAGCCAUCGACACACAUCUUCUUCUCUUCACUUUCUCUGUUCAUUUAUUUGAUUUCAUUAUAUAUAUAAAUAUAUAUAGAUAUAUCUCCUUCUUUACCAUUUUCAUGUCUUCUUGAUUCGAAGAUUUCCACCGCAACUUGUAAUGGCUUAUCAUCAUCGAACUUCACGCGCCGGCGGAGUGUCGGCAGCCGGGAGGUUCGGUUUUGGCAUCAGACUCCUUGCCUCCUCCAUCACAGUCGCAUUGUUUAUCUUCUUCGCAGUCUCAUUCGUCUUCACUUCAGAUUCUCACUCCUCUGAUCUCCGUGACCUUGCGUCCGGUUCAGGUCCGUAUGGAUUCGGAUCCGCCAGGAGGUCCAUUCUGGCUUUCAAAUCGGAUCCACUGAAGCCCCGACUGGACCAGAUCAGGAAGCAAGCGGACGAUCACCGAGCAUUGGCGAUGGCUUACGCGUCCUAUGCGCGCAAGCUUAAGCUGGAGAGUGCCAAGCUUGUUCGGAUAUUCGCCGAUCUAUCGCGAAACUAUACGGAUCUCAUCAACAAGCCCUCUUAUCACGCUCUCUUCGAUUCCGAUGCUUCCUCUAUUGAUGAAUCGGUGCUACGGCCGUUUGAAAAGGAGGUGAAGGAGCGAAUCAAAGUGACAAGACAAGUAAUCGCGGAAGCGAAAGAAUCUUUUGAUAAUCAGCUCAAAAUCCAGAAACUCAAGGAUAUCAUUUUCGCUGUUAAUGAACAGCUGACGAAAGCCAAGAAGCAAGGGGCAUUCUCGAGCUUGAUCGCCGCUAAAUCGAUACCCAAGAGCCUUCAUUGCCUGUCAAUGAGGCUGAUGGAAGAGAGAAUCGCGCACCCCGAGAAGUACUCGACCGAGGGGAAGCCGUCACCUCCCGUUUUCGAGGAUCCUAGCCUUUAUCACUACGCCAUAUUCUCGGACAACGUGAUCGCGGCGUCUGUGGUUGUGAAUUCGGCAGUGAAGAACGCUAUCGAGCCAUGGAAACACGUGUUCCAUGUUGUGACCGACAAGAUGAAUCUCGGGGCAAUGCAGGUUAUGUUCAAAUUGAAGGACUAUAAUGGAGCGCACAUAGAGGUGAAAGCUGUUGAAGAUUACAAGUUCUUGAACUCUUCAUAUGUGCCCGUGUUGAAGCAACUGGAGUCAGCAAAUCUGCAGAGGUUUUACUUUGAGAACAAGCUCGAGAACGCGACCAAGGAUACUACCAACAUGAAGUUUAGGAACCCUAAGUAUCUGUCAAUCUUAAAUCAUUUGAGGUUUUACUUGCCGGAGAUGUACCCCAAACUGCACAGAAUCUUGUUCUUGGAUGAUGAUAUUGUAGUGCAGAAGGACUUGACUGGAUUGUGGAAGAUUGACAUGGACGGGAAGGUGAAUGGGGCGGUGGAAACUUGUUUUGGGUCGUUCCAUCGAUAUGCCCAAUACAUGAAUUUCUCGCAUCCAUUAAUUAAGGAGAGGUUUAACCCCAAAGCGUGCGCGUGGGCUUAUGGAAUGAACUUUUUCGACCUGGAUGCUUGGAGGCGGGAGAAGUGCACAGAACAGUAUCACUACUGGCAGAAUCUGAAUGAAAACAGGACCUUGUGGAAAUUGGGGACUCUGCCUCCAGGCUUGAUCACCUUUUACUCAACGACGAAACCUCUAGACAAGUCAUGGCAUGUUCUUGGGCUUGGUUAUAAUCCGAGCAUCAGCAUGGAGGAGAUUCNNNUGCAUUUCAAUGGAAACAUGAAGCCGUGGCUUGAUAUUGCAAUGAACCAGUUUCGAUCACUUUGGACGAAAUAUGUUGAUUAUGAUUUGGAGUAUGUCCAGGCUUGUAAUUUCGGUCUCUAAAUAAACGAAACUUAGUAGUGUGUGGAUCCGUCCAUGGUAGCAGUCCCAAACACAAUCAACACGAAUUCAUCCCAUUUUCUUACACUCAAAGCAGAAGCAGCUUUUGUUACUUGGCAUGGAAGAAAAUUUAGAUAUAGAAAAGUUGGCAAUUAUAAUUUUGGAAUUAGAUUUUCUUUUUUAUUUGUUGAUAAGAGUUAAAUCAAUGUUGCAGGAAAUAAGCUAUGAAGAAAUAGUGUUGGAAUUUCCAGUUGUAGAUGGGUGUUCUUAAUUGUUCAUAGACUAUUAAGAAUGUUAUGAAAUUCUAGGAUUCUUAUGUUCUCUUCUAAAGAAAGGAUGGGACCUUUUCCUCUUUAAUUCUCAACCUCUUGGGACUUC